AUGGCAUCCCUCUCCCUCCAUUCUUCUCAUGGCAUCCCUCCCUCCAUUCUUCUCAUGGCAUCCCUCCCUCCAUUCUUCUCAUGGCAUCCCUCCCUCCAUUCUCCUCAUGGCAUCCCUCCCUCCAUUCUCCUCAUGGCAUCCCUCCCUCCAUUCUCCUCAUGGCAUCCCUCCCUCCAUUCUCCUCAUGGCAUCCCUCCCUCCAUUCUCCUCAUGGCAUCCCUCCCUCCAUUCUCCUCAUGGCAUCCCUCCCUCCAUUCUCCUCAUGGCAUCCCUCCCUCCAUUCUCCUCAUGGCAUCCCUCCCUCCAUUCUUCUCAUGGCAUCCCUCCCUCCAUUCUUCUCAUGGCAUCCCUCCCUCCAUUCUUCUCAUGGCAUCCCUCCCUCCAUUCUUCGCAUGGCAUCCCUCCCUCCAUUCUUCUCAUGGCAUCCCUCCCUCCAUUCUUCUCAUGGCAUCCCUCCCUCCAUUCUCCUCAUGGCAUCCCUCCCUCCAUUCUUCUGAUGGCAUCCCUCCCUCCAUUCUUCUCAUGGCAUCCCUCCCUCCAUUCUUCUCAUGGCAUCCCUCCCUCCAUUCUUCUCAUGGCAUCCCUCCCUCCAUUCUCCUCAUGGCAUCCCUCCCUCCAUUCUCCUCAUGGCAUCCCUCCCUCCAUUCUCCUCAUGGCAUCCCUCCCUCCAUUCUCCUCCUGGCAUCCCUCCCUCCAUUCUCCUCAUGGCAUCCCUCCCUCCAUUCUCCUCAUGGCAUCCCUCCCUCCAUUCUCCUCAUGGCAUCCCUCCCUCCAUUCUCCUCAUGGCAUCCCCCCCUCCAUUCUCCUCAUGGCAUCCCUCCCUCCAUUCUCCUCAUGGCAUCCCUCCCUCCAUUCUCCUCAUGGCAUCCCUCCCUCCAUUCUUCGCAUGGCAUCCCUCCCUCCAUUCUUCUCAUGGCAUCCCUCCCUCCAUUCUUCUCAUGGCAUCCCUCCCUCCAUUCCUCUCAUGGCAUCCCUCCCUCCAUUCUCCUAAUGGCAUCCCUCCCUCCAUUCUCCUCAUGGCAUCCCUCCCUCCAUUCUCCUCAUGGCAUCCCUCCCUCCAUUCUCCUCAUGGCAUCCCUCCCUCCAUUCUCCUCAUGGCAUCCCUCCCUCCAUUCUCCUCAUGGCAUCCCUCCCUCCAUUCUCCUCAUGGCAUCCCUCCCUCCAUUCUUCUCAUGGCAUCCCUCCCUCCAUUCUCCUCAUGGCAUCCCUCCCUCCAUUCUCCUCAUGGCAUCCCUCCCUCCAUUCUUCUCAUGGCAUCCCUCCCUCCAUUCUCCUCAUGGCAUCCCUCCCUCCAUUCUCCUCAUGGCAUCCCUCCCUCCAUUCUCCUCAUGGCAUCCCUCCCUCCAUUCUCCUCACGGCAUCCCUCCCUCCAUUCUCCUCCCACACGCGUCAGCCGCUGUGACCUUCUCACCACCACACAGCACCUCCCAGCACCACACAGCACCCCCUUCAAUACUCCUGCCAUCCAUCCAACACCCCACCUUCCUCCCUUCUUUCCCUCCCUUCUUCUGGCCCCACCCACUGUCCAAUGCAGACACGUCAGCAGCAGUGCUGACAUCAGCAGGGUCGCAGUACUCCCUGCAGCACUCCCGCCUCUCCACGGCUCACCAGCUGCUGGUGCUGCUGCAGCGAGGGGACGUAACGGACAGGUUUGGGCUGGGUGGGUGGAUGGGUUUGGGUUGGUGGGUGUAUGGGUUUGGGUGGGUCCCUCUUGCGUGUCCCGUCACUUUCAUGCCUCUUCCAUGUCCCUCUUGCCUCGUGUCCCUCUUGCCUCGUGUCCCUCUUGCCUCGUGUCCCUCUUGCCUCGUGUCCCUCUUGCCUUCUCUCGCCUCCACCCUCUCGCCUGUGUUGGCUCACCUCUACUGUGGUGGCUCACCUCUACUGUGGUGGCUCACCUCUACUGUGGUGGCUCACCUCUACUGUGGUGACUCACCUCUACUGUGGCUCAUCAUCAUCCUCGGCUCUCUCUUCUUCUUCCUCGUCUGCUCCUUCAUCGUUGUCUCUCGCGUGCCUCUCCUGAACUCUAUCCUCCUCUCCUCCACCUCCCUCCUCCUCUCCACCACACACUCCGUCCUCUCCCCCAUACUCUCCCUCUUCUCAUCCCUCCUCACCGCUCUCGCGUCCUCCACCCUCCCCACCCUCGCCUCUCUCUCCUCUUCCUCUCUCACCCUCGCAUCGUCCUCUCUCUCCUCCCUCCACCACACACUCCAACCCCUCCUCUCGCCUCCCGUGCCUCCUCUCCCUCCUUCCGCACCUUCUCCCAUGCCCUCACCCUUUCCCCCUUCCUCCCCCUCCCCACCCAUCACGACCACCACUAUUCGCUCCUCCUCGUCCCCCUCAUCUUUCCCAUCUCCUUCUCCCUCAUCCGCCUCCUCUGUCCCUCCUUCAAACCCAUCUCAACCGCACACGCCUUCUGAGGCGCCUCACGCACCAAGCGGGCCACAGCAACAACAACAGCCGGAUGAAGAAAUGGUUGCGUUGCCAACAGACUCGGUGUCACCCGGAAUGGAGGAUGGAAGCGGGCUUCGAGCAAGGGUAGGGGGGCACGCAGAGGGUGAUGCAGAAGGGGAUAGGCGUGGAGCAGGGGAGGGAGGGGGGGGUGGACAGGUUCAAGUAGAGGCAGGGCAAGCAGAGACAGGUGAAGCAGAGACAGUGCAUGCAGCAAGAGGAGCAGCGAGCGAAGGGAUGAGAGAAGGGGCAGGGGGAGAAGGAUCGGCAGCGAGAAGGGUGCGGCGAGGGACAGCAGGGAAAGAGCCGAUGGGGAAAGGGAAGAUGGGUGGUAAGCAGAGGGCGGCUGCACGAGGGAAGGUGAGGGGUGGGGAAAGAGGAAAGCAAAGAGGGGGAGCAGGAGGAGCGGGGAGUGGAGGAGAACGAGGAGGUAAUGAGUCAAAAGUGGGAGUAGUAGCAGGAGCAGGAGCAAGGGAAGAGCGAGGAGCCAGAGGAAGUGGAGAGAUGGACGCAGGAGGUAACACAAGAGUAGGAGGAGGAGAGGAUGGAUUGGCAGGUGCAGGUGAAUCUAGUGAGGGCAGUGCAUCCGUCACAGCCGGUGGUGAAUCAGCCAUUGGUCGCCAAGUCCCCAUGCCUGAAGCACCUCCUCUUGCUCAUCCGCCUCCCCCUGCCACCCACCGUGCUGCCUACUACGGGUCUCCUGAUGUUGGAGAUUCACCUGCUGGGGAUUCACCUGCUGGGGAUUCACCUGCUGGGGAUUCACCUGCUGGGGAUUCACCUGCUGGGGAUUCACCUGCUGGGGAUUCACCUGCUGGGGAUUCACCUGCUGGGGAUUCACCUGCUGGGGAUUCACCUGCUGGGGAUUCACCUGCUGGGGAUUCACCUGCUGAGGAUUCACCUGCUGGGGAUUCUCCUGCUGCUGCGCCUGUGAGUGGUGGAGGAAGGGAGGAGACUGCAGAGGGUGGGGGAAGGGAGAGGGCGAAUGGGGGAUUGGAUGGAGAGGGUGGGAGUGAGGAGGAGGGCAGAGAGGGAGUGGGCAGAGAGGAGGGCGAGCAGGGCACAUGUGGUGGGGUGGGGGAGGAGUGGGGUGGCUUGAGGCGAGCACGUGAGCACAGGGCGGAUGCGGAGGGUUAG